AUGGCUGGGGCCUCCGUGAAGGUGGCGGUACGCGUCCGCCCCUUUAAUUCCCGGGAGAUGAGCCGAGACUCCAAGUGCAUCAUUCAGAUGUCUGGAAGCACCACAACCAUCGUUAACCCUAAACAGCCCAAGGAGACACCCAAAAGCUUCAGCUUCGACUACUCCUACUGGUCGCACACCUCGCCUGAGGACAUCAACUACGCCUCCCAGAAGCAGGUGUACCGGGACAUCGGCGAGGAGAUGCUGCAGCAUGCCUUUGAGGGCUACAACGUGUGCAUCUUCGCCUACGGGCAGACGGGGGCUGGCAAGUCCUACACCAUGAUGGGCAAGCAGGAGAAGGACCAGCAGGGCAUCAUCCCCCAGCUCUGUGAGGACCUGUUCUCCCGUAUCAACGACACAACCAAUGAUAACAUGUCCUACUCUGUGGAGGUCAGCUACAUGGAGAUUUACUGUGAGCGUGUCCGUGACCUCCUGAAUCCCAAGAACAAGGGCAACCUGCGUGUGAGAGAGCACCCACUGAUGGGGCCGUACGUGGAGGACCUCUCCAAGCUGGCUGUCACUUCCUACAAUGACAUUCAGGACCUCAUGGACUCAGGGAACAAGGCCAGGACCGUGGCGGCCACAAACAUGAAUGAAACCAGCAGCCGCUCCCAUGCCGUCUUCAACAUCAUUUUCACCCAGAAGCGCCAUGAUGCGGAGACCAACAUCACCACAGAGAAAGUGAGCAAAAUCAGCCUGGUGGACCUGGCCGGGAGUGAGCGGGCCGACUCCACAGGAGCCAAGGGCACACGUCUCAAGGAGGGAGCCAACAUCAAUAAGUCCUUGACCACGCUGGGGAAGGUCAUCUCUGCUCUGGCCGAAAUGGACUCUGGGCCCAAUAGGAACAAGAAAAAGAAGAAGACAGAUUUCAUUCCAUACAGAGAUUCCGUGCUGACCUGGCUCCUCCGAGAAAAUCUGGGUGGGAACUCGAGGACGGCGAUGGUGGCGGCCCUGAGCCCUGCAGACAUCAACUAUGACGAGACUCUGAGCACGCUGAGGUAUGCUGACCGGGCCAAACAGAUCCGCUGUAACGCCGUCAUCAAUGAGGACCCGAACAACAAGCUGAUCCGUGAGCUGAAGGACGAGGUGACCCGGCUGCGGGACCUGCUGUACGCCCAGGGUCUCGGGGACAUCACCGAUACCAACACUGUGCCCGGAGGACCCAAAUAUGUUUCCGACCUUGAGAACAAUAACCGUAACCGUGGCGGGGCAGAGUUGAGUCCAGCCCCUGACAAUCUCUCCACAGUGACCAAUGCCCUGGUGGGCAUGAGCCCCUCGUCCUCGCUCUCGGCCCUGUCCAGCCGUGCCGCCUCCGUGUCCAGUCUGCACGAGCGCAUCUUGUUUGCCCCGGGCAGUGAGGAGGCCAUUGAGAGGCUGAAGGAGACGGAGAAGAUCAUCGCUGAGCUCAACGAGACAUGGGAGGAGAAGCUGCGGCGGACGGAAGCCAUCCGGAUGGAGAGGGAAGCCCUACUGGCCGAGAUGGGUGUGGCCAUGAGGGAGGAUGGCGGCACACUGGGGGUGUUUUCUCCCAAAAAGACGCCACAUCUCGUCAACCUGAACGAGGACCCACUGAUGUCCGAGUGUCUCCUGUACUACAUCAAGGACGGGAUCACCAGAGUGGGCCGGGAGGAUGCGGAGAGGCGGCAGGACAUCGUACUGAGCGGGCACUUCAUCAAGGAGGAGCACUGCGUCUUCCGGAGCGACUCCCGAGGGGGCAGUGAAGCCGUGGUGACCCUGGAGCCCUGCGAGGGCGCAGACACCUAUGUCAAUGGCAAGAAAGUCACGGAGCCCAGCAUCCUGCGGUCAGGAAACCGCAUCAUCAUGGGGAAGAGCCAUGUGUUCCGGUUCAACCACCCCGAGCAGGCAAGGCAGGAACGCGAGCGCACGCCCUGCGCAGAGACGCCCGCCGAGCCCGUGGACUGGGCCUUCGCCCAGCGGGAGCUGCUGGAGAAGCAGGGCAUUGACAUGAAGCAGGAGAUGGAGCAGAGGCUCCAGGAGCUGGAGGACCAGUACCGCCGGGAGCGUGAGGAGGCCACCUACCUGCUGGAGCAACAGAGGCUGGACUACGAGAGCAAGCUGGAGGCCCUGCAGAAGCAGAUGGACUCCAGGUACUACCCGGAGGUGAACGAGGAGGAGGAGGAGCCGGAGGACGAAGUCCCGUGGACGGAGAGGGAAUGUGAGCUGGCGCUUUGGGCCUUCCGGAAGUGGAAGUGGUACCAGUUCACGUCGCUGCGGGACCAGCUGUGGGGCAAUGCCAUCUUCCUCAAGGAGGCCAACGCCAUCAGUGUUGAGCUCAAGAAGAAGGUCCAGUUCCAGUUUGUCCUCCUCACGGACACGCUCUACUCCCCGCUGCCGCCGGACCUGCUGCCCCCAGAGGCCGCCAAAGACCGGGAGACUCGCCCCUUCCCCCGCACCAUUGUGGCCGUGGAGGUCCAGGACCAGAAGAAUGGGGCCACCCACUACUGGACGCUGGAGAAGCUCAGGCAGCGCCUGGACCUGAUGCGGGAGAUGUACGACCGGGCAGCUGAGGUGCCCUCCAGUGUCAUCGAGGACUGUGACAAUGUGGUGACUGGCGGAGACCCCUUCUACGACCGCUUUCCCUGGUUCCGGCUGGUGGGCAGUUCAGUCAUCUCUGGCUGCAACAGCUACCCUCUUCUCAACACAUGCAUGAGCGAGCGCAUGGCUGCUCUCACCCCCUCCCCCACCUUCUCGAGCCCCGACUCCGACGCCACCGAGCCUGCCGAGGAGCAGAGCGUGGGGGAGGAGGAGGAGGAGGAGGAGGAGGACCUGGAGGACGACGUCUUUCCGGAGCACGCGCUGUGCGACGGCCGGGACCCGUUUUACGACCGGCCCCCCCUGUUCAGUUUAGUAGGAAGGGCCUUCGUGUACCUGAGCAACCUGCUGUACCCUGUGCCCCUGGUGCACCGUGUGGCUGUCGUCAGUGAGAAGGGAGAGGUGAAGGGCUUCCUUCGCGUGGCCGUGCAGGCCACCUCAGCUGAUGAAGAGGCCCCUGACUAUGGCUCCGGCGUCCGGCAGUCAGGAACCGCCAGAAUCUCCUUCGACGACCAGCAUUUUGAAAAGUUCCAGUCUGAGUCCUGCCCAGUGGUGGGGAUGUCCCGCUCUGGGACCUCCCAGGAAGAGCUUCGUAUUGUGGAAGGUCAGGGCCAGGGUGCGGACGCUGGGCCCUCGGCCGACGAGGUCAACAACAACACUUGUUCAGCCGUGCCUCCAGAAAGCCUCCUCCUGGACAGCCCUGAGAAAGCCCCCCUGGACGGGCCCCUGGACGCUGCCCUGGACCAUCUGCGCCUGGGCAGCACCUUCACCUUCCGGGUGACCGUCCUGCAGGCAUCCAGCAUCUCUGCCGAAUACGCCGACAUCUUCUGCCAGUUCAACUUCAUCCAUCGCCAUGACGAGGCCUUCUCCACGGAGCCCCUCAAGAACACGGGGAGGGGCCCCCCACUCGGCUUCUACCAUGUCCAAAACAUUGCGGUGGAGGUGACCAAGUCCUUCAUCGAGUACAUCAAGAGCCAGCCCAUCGUGUUUGAGGUCUUCGGCCACUACCAGCAGCACCCAUUCCCACCCCUCUGCAAGGACGUGCUCAGCCCCCUGAGGCCCUCGCGCCGCCACUUCCCAAGGGUCAUGCCGCUGUCCAAGCCAGUGCCUGCUACCAAGCUCAGCACGCUAGCGCGGCCCUGCCCCGGGCCCUGUCACUGCAAGUACGACCUGCUGGUCUACUUCGAGAUCUGUGAGCUGGAGGCCAACGGCGAUUACAUUCCUGCAGUGGUGGACCACCGCGGCGGGAUGCCAUGCAUGGGGACCUUCCUGCUCCACCAGGGCAUCCAGAGACGGAUUACCGUGACUCUGCUGCAUGAGACAGGCAGCCACAUCCGCUGGAAGGAAGUUCGAGAGCUGGUCGUGGGUCGGAUCCGAAACACACCAGAAACUGAUGAGUCCCUGAUCGACCCCAACAUCUUGUCUCUCAACAUCCUGUCCUCCGAUUACAUCCACCCGGCCCAGGACGACCGGACCUUCUACCAGUUCGAGGCUGCGUGGGACAGCUCCAUGCACAACUCUCUCCUGCUCAACCGGGUCACCCCGUACCGAGAGAAGAUCUACAUGACUCUCUCAGCUUACAUCGAGAUGGAGAACUGCACCCAGCCAGCCAUCAUCACCAAGGACUUCUGCAUGGUCUUUUACUCUCGGGAUGCCAAGCUACCUGCUUCACGCUCCAUCCGCAACCUGUUUGGCAGUGGGAGCCUGCGGGCCUCGGAGAGCAACCGCGUGACGGGCAUCUAUGAGCUCAGUCUGUGCCACGUCGCCGAUGCCGGCAGCCCAGGGAUGCAGCGGCGGCGAAGGCGAGUGCUCGAUACAUCUGUGGCCUACGUCCGCGGCGAGGAGAACCUGGCGGGCUGGAGGCCCCGGAGCGACAGCCUCAUCCUGGACCACCAGUGGGAGCUGGAGAAGCUGAGUCUGCUGCAGGAGGUGGAGAAGACCAGACACUACCUCCUUCUGCGAGAGAAGCUGGAGACCAGCCAGCGGCCCGGCCCCGAGGCGCCGUCCCCCGCCUCCAGCGAGGACUCCGCGUCCCACGGCUCGUCCAGCCCCUGCUCCCCGCUCUCAGCCGAGGGCCGGCCGUCCCCUCCGGAGGCUCCCAGCGAGAGACAGCGGGAGCUAGCCGUCAAGUGCUUACGCCUCCUCACGCACACGUUCAACAGAGAGUACACCCACAAUCACGUCUGCAUCAGCGCCAGUGAGAGCAAGCUCUCUGAGAUGUCUGUCACCCUACUUCGGGACCCGUCCAUGUCCCCUCUGGGGACGGCCACGCUCACCCCCUCCUCCACCUGCCCCUCUCUGGUCGAAGGGCGGUACGGAGCCGCUGAGCUGAGGACCCCUCAGCCCUGCUCCCGGCCGGCCAGUCCAGAGCCCGAACCAGUGCCAGAGACAGAUCCGAAGAAGCUUCCCUCCCCGGCUCGGGCAACGGAGGCGGACAAGGAGCCCCAGCGCCUGCUGGUUCCUGACAUCCAGGAGAUCCGGGUCAGCCCCAUCGUCUCUAAGAAGGGGUACCUGCACUUCCUGGAGCCGCACACGGCGGGCUGGGCCAAGCGCUUUGUGGUGGUGCGACGUCCCUAUGCCUACAUGUACAACAGUGACAAGGAUGCCGUGGAGAGGUUUGUGCUCAACCUCUCUACCGCCCAGGUGGAGUACAGCGAGGACCAGCAGGCCAUGCUCAAGACGCCCAACACGUUUGCUGUGUGCACGGAGCACCGGGGCCUCCUGCUGCAGGCCGGCAGCGACAAGGACAUGCACGACUGGCUGUACGCCUUCAACCCGCUCCUGGCCGGCACCAUACGAUCCAAGCUCUCCAGGAGGCGGUCUGCCCAGAUGCGGGUGUGA